AUGUGUGCCCACCCAUUACUCAACUCUAUGAAAUGGGAAAGGCAAGAACAUAAUGUGUUCACCAAGCUACUUAAGACCAUUUCAGGACUAAAAGAAUGUUUGAUGGAAGGAUCUGAGGAGGAGGCUGGGCUUAUUGCCAAACUGAUCACAAAAGGUGCUGCAGAUGCUAGGAGCGACAAUACCAAAAGUUUGAAAAGUGCCGUUCUAGAUUGGAUCAAUCCCCACGGACAACCUCUCAUACCACCUCUUGCUAGGAAUAUCAAGAGUGGCCAUGGUUACAAUCACAAACUCAGUGGGGGUUUCUUCCCUGCUGGGUUGGAUUGGCCUAAUUCAGUAAUCAAAGAGAAAUUUCAAAGUGGAGAAUUAGCCAUCUCUGGUGGCCUGUUUUUCUUUAUGCAGGCUACAUCUAUGAAUCAGCAGAUCCGUGGAAGGCAUGAUUCCAGAGUAGAAUUUUAG